AUGCCGCGCGAGACGGACGCACGCGCCGAGCGCUCCGCUCCCGAGCCCGCUAACAUGCGUACGACUGCUCCGGCGGACAGGGCCGCGUCCCUGCACGCUACUGGGGUCGAGUCGAGUACGUCAGAGACGCUACCGAGCACCUCUGAUAGUACUCCUCCCCCAACGAGCGUCGACGAAAGUGUUAUCAACUGUGCACAUGCAGUUCGCGUCACCCGCGUUAGUGACACUGCGUUUUCGAUCACGCGCGAGUGUUGUGCGUCGAUGCAGCAGCCAUUGGAGACGCCUCCGGACGUCCCCACAACGCAGCAGGACAGCGAAGAUGCACUGCAGCUACUUUUAGGGCUGAUGCCACAUGCAGCCACUGCUCCUCUUGGCGACGACACGGAUAAUGAAGAGGAGGAGAUGCAGGUGGAAAACCCACAGGCAAACGCCCAAGCCAGUUCGUCACGAUCCUCGCGAAAGAGGCAGAAAUCGGACGACGAGUCCUCAGCCCCAGACGCGCGCAAAUUCCGGAAGGAAAACGCGCCAACCGGGACAACACCGCGCCGCCGCGCGCGCGCCCCAAGGGUUGACAAAGACGGCUUCACGCCAGCGAAGAAGACCGCAAAACCCAGGCAACAGCUGACCACAGCACCCCUUGGCACAAGCAAUUCCUUCGACGCCCUCAGCGACUCGGAAGACGAGGACCUGGCGCUGCCACCACCGCAACAGCGACAGACGCCGCCGCCGCUCGUGAUCAAGUAUGAAGGGCAUUUUCGCGAGCUUCAGAACGCUCUUAACUUGCUGAUCGGCAGGGACAAUUAUAGUGUCAGCGUGUCAGGCGAAGACCUGCACAGAGUGAAAGUUAAGAGCAGUGAACACUUCGCAAAAUGCGGCGAACAGCACGCCACUGAAGGGUGUGAAAAAUUGGGAGUGCCGCACAAAGACUUUACACCCAAAUGCAAACUGUGCGGCGAAGAACAUUGCGCCAACUACAGAGGUUGCACAAAACAUAAAGCGUUUGCGGCCCGCGCACGCGGAAACGACGCACAGCAACGACGUGUUCCGGCGGGAAACUCUCACCCACGUGGAGCCCCAGCGCCCGCCAACAGCCGGACAAAGAGAAGACGCGGUCGCCGAGGCCGCGCCACCGGAAGAGCGCAUUCCGGAGCGGUCGUCAACCCCGGCCAGCAGCAGGGGGACUCCAACGCCCGGAACAAAGAACCGCAGCGGCACCACAGGCAGCCGCAGAACUCCGCCCCGGCAGCAAAAGGAAAUGGCGGACCAGCUCCGCACGCCGCCAUACUCCAGGUACCUGCGCGCCAACCCGCUGCCCCUGCAGCAGCUCACCAGGCCGUAGCUCCGCCCUCCCCGCCGCAGCGCGAGGCCAGGACGGCGGCGCAGCGGGUGGUAGCCCCGCCUCCCGCGCCCCUGCCACGGCAAGCGGCCCCCUCGGCCGUUCCUCGCACCGGCCGGGCGGACCAAUCAGCGCAGCCCGCCCCGGACCAGAACAGCAUGGCGGACUUUCCGGAGCCGCGAUGGCGGCAGCAGCGGCCAACCACGGCUCAGCAGCGACCUCCACGGCAGCAGCGGCCAACCACGGUACAGCAGCAAACUCCCGCAGCCCUCGUCGACGCCUGUCAACAAAAUGGCGGCAUCCGGGAGACUGGAAGCGGCCAUGUUGUCGGGCCCCGACAAGAUGGCGACCGCAUUGACCGCCUCCUCGACACAAUGCAGCACAUGAUGGCUCGGAUGUCCGAGCUAAUGGCCGCAGUACACCAGACGGCAGCCGCUCUACCGCACACGAGGCAGCAGGUGUUGGGUGUGCCACCGAGAGCCCCGCCGGUUACAUCGCAUUUGCUUGCGGUCCCGGCGGUGGCGGCCUCGGCGGGAGUUGCGCCGCUGGUCUCGACCACUCAAGAGGUCGAUGUGCCCCCGGUUGCCCCCCUGGCCCCCGAAACACAAGAAGAGCCCGUGGCUGCGCUAGCCGUGGCCACCGAGAUGGAGGACGUCGAUCUGCCCGACGCAAAUCUGGCUGAGGCAAUUGCCGAGUCAGAGCGUCGUGACACUGACCCUGACGCUGCCCGCGCGCCCAGAAAGCGCCGGGCUAUGACAAAUGACGAUUCUGACACUCCCUCACAGACAUCUGACGCAGCGAGGCCGCGGAAGAAGGCCCCUAGGGCCUCCCGCACCUCCAACACAGAGUCUGGGACGACUAUCGCGGGCUCCUCCCGGAGCACCGCCAAGCAGAAACCGACGAAGACAACGCGGCGGUCCACUCGUCCACCUGCCGCCUCCCGGCAGCCGGACGAGGACGGUUUUGUUGCCCCACCCCGGCGGCACACUGCCAGGGCUGCUGCGCUGCAGCAACCGACCCCGCUGCCGACCGCCAACGCGUUUGCGAGCGCCAGCGUAGAUGCAUUGGACGAUGGCGCCGCGCCCCCGGCGCCUGCCCAAAAGAAGCCCUUUGCUGCCGCCACCAAGGGCGGCCCGUCAGCCUCCACCGCCCGACCUUCGGCGCAGGCGGAGGGCGAGACGCAGCAACCGACCGCGCCGUCCACGGCUUCGCCCGUGGGGGUGGCAACCCCUGCGCCCUCGCAGAGCGCGCGAGUUGCCGCCCCGCGCAGGCGUCGUCGGCGCGCGGGCCGGGCCACACCUGCCGUUGCGCAACGGACUGCCGCCAACACUCUGCCGCAGCAGAGGACGGCACCUCGUGCUGUGCCGCAACCGAGAUCGACUGCUGAUGCUCCGCAGCAGCCGUCUACUUCGGAUCGGCCGCAACAGGCCGCCCCAGUGGUGGAGGCCGCCCCAGAGGCCCCCACCGCCCCCUUGGCCGCCGACGCAGCCGAGCUCCGAUCGCUCUUGCGGUCGUUGAGUCAGCUGCUCGAGCAACUCCCGGUGGACCCUCACUUCCUGAGCUAG